AUGCGUGGUGACUGGAAUGACGGCCACGGACCAAGUGGUCCCCGCUUAAGAAGCCGGAAGACCGCCGACGCCUUGAGGGUUGGGGGUGGCUGGAGGUCAUCGAACUUGCCAUUCCGGUGGCAGACCCCGCAGGUGCACGUCGAUGAUUCCAAGGGGUUGCCCAUCACCAACCUGUUCGUGUUAGAGACGCUGUGGCCCGGAGCCACACGGAUCUACACAGACGGCUCCGGAAUCAACGCGCAGGCAGUGCCCACGGACAUGGCAGAGGCAUUGUCGGAGAGACACGUGCGACGGACGGCGCGCUUUGUCCUCGCGACAGGCCGCCUCACGUAUCUCUCCGACAAUGCCUCUGCCAUGUCCGUGGGCACUGCCUGA